AUGGCCAAGCCAAAACCCACCAUGCCAGCAGCCACCAGCACUGCAGCCAAGCCAAAGCCCACCACAACUAUGGCCAAGCCUACACCCACCACACCAAAACCUGCCCUAACAACCACUGCCACUAAGCCAACAACCACCACUGCCACCAAGAUGACACCCACCCCCCUAAAACCCACCACAACCACCACCACCACCAAACCAACACCUACAACCACCACUACCACCACUACCACCACUACCACCACCAAACCAACACCUACAACCACCACUACCACCACUACCACCACUACCACCAAACCAACACCUACAACCACUAAACCAACACCCACCACAACCACCUCUACAGCCAAACCAAAAACAACCACAACUAUGGCCAAGCCAACACCCACCACAGCAAAACCCACCCCAACUGUAGCUAAGACAAAACUUGCUACAGCCACAGCCAAACCAACACCCACCACACCAACAUCUACCACCACUACAGCCAAGCCAAGACCUGCUGCUACAACACUAGCACCUGCCACAACAGCAAAGACACAGGUGAAAACUGCCACAACCACAAAGCCAGAGCCAGAAAGACCUGAUCCAACUGAGGCAACUGGGAUCACUCUUUCCUUUGAGCCCACCUUAGACACAGAUGAUAAAUUAUCUCCAGAGGCAGACACUGGAGAGCCUCUUAGCUCCUUCACUACAGAGGAUCCAGCCUUAUUAGAAAGCAUGGGCUCAGCCUUCAGCCCCAGAUCAGUCCCAGAAACAAAGAAAGGUGUCAAAGAGGAGGGGAAAGAGAAAUCAGCCUUUUCCAGUCCAUCUCCAUCCCCCAGCCAAGCUGUUCCAGAGAUGAAGUUAGGUUUCAAUAGAGCUGAGCUCAUAACCCCCUCCAAGUCAGUGGUCCUCAGCCCUGAAGAGCCCUCGUUCUUGCGCUUAACAUCAUCCUCCAAAGACAAAAAAGGGCCGAGCCCCCAUUUCCAGAGCUCCCUCUCAGGUGCCCUGGACACAGAAGAACUGGAGACAAACUUGGACCAGACGAGUGUGGAUCCUUCCAAAGAUGGAGCUGCCAGUACCUGCUUGGGGUUUUCACUCUUCCUCCUCCCCAGUGCCAUCCUGGUGGGCCUUCUGCUCUGAAGGCUCUUCCUCAGCUGUCCCUGCACCCCUCACCAAGGCUUUUGUCAGCACUGGUUGUUCCACAGCCCUGGUAGGCUCAGGACACUCCUUGGACAAUUCCCACGCUCCCUCCUUACGCUGCCUUCUCUGCUGCAGCUGUGGCGAGCCAAGGGCAGCCGGCAGUGCCAGGGGAACUUUGUCCCCUUCCUGAGGAGACCUGAGGGCAGGAGGGUGUUUGCCAUCAUGCUGGUGACCUUGGACGCUUCUCCUUUUCCCUGGCUUCUGUUCCAUUUCCAGGCUGGAAGUGCUGAGCUCUCCCACGCACCCACAGUCCCCUAUGGCUGCAGGCCCUGUCACAGCGUGACCCUGGGGACAGCAGGGUGACCUGGGCACAGUCAGACACGGUGCUUGGCUUUGGUGUUUGU